AUGGCAUUCCUCACUGGCGAAGACAUGAAGAUGUGCUUCUCGCUCUUCUGCGUCGUCUACGGCAUUGGCACGCUGGGCAUGCCGGGCAACUACGCCCGCGCCGGCUACCUCUGGGCGACGAUCGCGCUCAUUUUCAUGGCGACCGUCAACACGUACGCGACGGUGUGCAUCUCCAAGGUCAUGAUGGUGGCGCCCAAGAACGUCAAAACGUUUGGUGACAUGGGCGAGUGGUGCAUGGGCGGCCUCGGUCGCUGGAUGGCCGUGAUUUCGCAAAUGGCCGUGUGCAUCCUCGUGCCGAUUGCGUUCCUCGUCCUCGGCGGCUCGCUCCUCACCGUGCUCUUCCCCGACUCGUACCCGGACUCGACGUGGAUCGUGCUCAUGGCCAUCUCGCUCCUCCCGGUGUGCCUCAUCCCGAACCUCAAGGAAGGUGCCGGUGCGGCCGCGGCCGGUGCCAUCGGUACGAUCCUUGCCGACGCCAUUGCCGUCUACAUGCUCAUCGACAACAUGUCGACGCCGGAAGCCAAGAACCUCUCGACGCCGUCGCCCGAACUUUCGUUCUCGGGUGUCACGGCCGUCUUUGGCAACCUCGCGCUUGCGUACGGCGCCGGUACGUUCCACGCGACGCUGUCCAAGCCCGAGAAGGCGUUUGCGAUCUUCUGCGUCCUCGUCACGUCGGCGCUUGCCGUCUAUGUGUCGUACACGACGGGCAAGCACCUCUUUGCGCCCGGCCAGGCCAACCCGUCGAUCAAGUUCCCGUACUGCCCGGCCGAGUACCAGCAAAUGGUCUACACCAACACGACGUACUACAGCGGCAAGAGCCUCUAG